AUGGUCGGACGCGUCGCGGUGUUCGCGCGGGUGCGGCCGAGGGAUGGACGCGGGCGCGAGGAGGACGACGGCGAGGGCGCGGAGGCGGGCGGGGAGGACGGCGACGGCGCGGGACGGCGAGGGGCGUGGAUCGAGGACGGACGCGUGGUGAGCGUGAAAUCGACGACGUCGGUGAACGGCGUCACGCGGAGGUUCGCGGUGGACGGGGCGUUCGACGGGAGGGCGACGCAGCGGGAGGUGUACGCGGAGACGUGCGCGCCGGUGCUCGAGGCGGUGCGGAGCGGGUGUCGAGGAUGCGUGCUCGCGUACGGACAGACGGGGUCGGGGAAGACGUAUUCACUACUGAAUGGGGGUGGCGAUCGAGCCGAACGCGAGGCGUCGACGAGCGAAGGUGGCAACGGGGGGCCGGGACUCGUGCCGAGAAUCGCGGUGGAUUGUUUCGCGCGAGCGGCGAGCGACGCGAGGCACGCGUACGAGGUGUCGUGCGCGAUGGCGCAGAUUUAUAACGAACAGGUCGAUGAUUUGGUAGCGAAAAAAUCGGGAUUACGUGUCGUUCCCGCGAGCGAUGGCUCGGGGUGGGAGAUUGAGAACUUAUCGUGGACGCCGUGUCGAAGCGCCGAGGACGUUCUCGAGUGUUUUCGUCGCGGGCGAUCGCGAUUGGUGUACGCCGAGACGCAUAUGAACAAGCAGAGCUCGAGAUCCCACUGUGUGUUUCAGAUGAAAAUCGAACGCAUCGAGCGACCGAUCGAGGCGGAUGUCGAUCGCGACGAGGAUGAGGAUGAAGACGGAACCGCGCAGCUCGUCGCCGUGGAGAAGCGUCUCGGACUGCUCACCAUCGUCGACUUGGCCGGAAGUGAGCGACAGAAGAAGACGCAGAACGUCGGCGCGCGAUUCAAAGAGGCGUUGAACAUCAACACCAGCCUGCUCGCUCUAGGGAACGUCGUAAGUGCGCUCGCGGCGGGGCACAGGCACAUCCCGUAUCGUGAUUCCACGCUUACGAAAAUCUUAGAGCCGAGCCUGAACGGCAAGAGUCGCACGGUUCUGCUCGUGUGCGUCAGCUCCGAGAUCGAGCACGCGAACGAAAGCGCGAAUUCGCUCGACUUUGCCACGCGUGCGAUGCGAAUCGUGACUUCACCCGAGCGGUGGCGCGUCUGA